UUUCAGGGAUUCUGGGAGUAUCAAAGACAAAUUAGAGCAUCUGACUCCAGCAGAGCAGGCGAAGGUUCGAAUGCAUUUGGUCCUGCAGGCAGCAGCUAAGACAGAUGAAGUUCUGAAGGCCAAAGUAGCCAAAAGAGAAGAGGAGGCUCGAAAGAAGCUUGAAGAAGAGGGAACCUCUCUGGAGGAGCAAGUGCGAAGGAUAAAGGACAUCGAGGCCAUCGAGAGCGAUUCCUUUGUUCCUCAGGCUUUCAAAUCUUCCCGGGAUGACACAAAGGUUGUUGCAGCUCAGAAGAAGCAGGAAUCGGAGAGCGCUCCCUCUCAGGACUACUCCCUCCCGAUGUCUAUAGUCUAUGAUGACAGCGACACCCUCGCUCAUCCCAGUUUGUUCAUGGACAAAGAGACGGCUGAAGAUCUCUGGCUGAGCAGAUUGAAUUCACUGCGACAAGAACGACUGAUGGGAAGUCCUGUAGCCUGAAGACUAACAGCGUCCAACAAGAGCUUUUUGUUCCCAGCGUGGUUUUUAGUUCAGAUCUUCACUUUCAGUCUCACCGUGUCGUCUUUUGGAACAUCACAACAAUGCCUGUCCUCACUUUUGUUUUGCUUCUUUCUGAUGUUGAUUAUUUUGAUUUGGUUAUUUCUGUUAUUGUUAGAUGUUUGUUUUUUUUAACAUAGAUGUGAACUUUGACACAUUAUGUUUUAUCUUUCAAUAAAAAGUUAAUUGUGACUGGGUACAUUGUAAUAAAAUUUACUAACGACUCUUUCCUUAACAAAAAAAAAACUGUGGCUCUUGUUGAGUUUCUAAAGUUAAAUAAGUAUAUUUACUGCUCCAGACAGAAGUUCCUAAUCAUCUGCGAUAACAUAAUUAUACAUGCCUUUAAUGAUUUGUUUGGAUUGUUGUUCAGGGUGGAGUGAUAAUGCAACUUUUUUUAGAAAAUGAACAUUUGAAUUUGUUAUGGAUUUUCUCUAAUUCUAGAGUAAUUUGGAUCAGAAUUUCAUUUUUAGCAGAAUUUGUUGCGAUAUGUACAAAUAAAUACAGCAUUACAAUUACCCUGGAAAAUUUAACCAUGAAAUUAAUUUCGGGGAAGCUUAAUGUUUGCCUGUGUAUCUGUUCCAAACCCAGCUUUUCUGAGUGUUUGGGCACCUCAUCCUGUUGGAAAUUUCAAUCCUUUCUCAAUUUCAACUGUGGCUUCUGAUUUAAGAUUACAUUUAAGAAUUUAAAGGUCUACAGUAUUUCCCCCCCACCAGUGCCACUGACAAUGAAACAAACCCUCAACAUGGUGCCAGCGCCACUCAGUGUUCUGACAUCCUUGUAAUUGCAAUGUAGGAGUUCAAUCUGUUCCUCCUCAGACUAUAAAAAAUAUAUACAUACAAACUCUAGUCAAUCUUAAAGGUGUCUGGAACAAAUACUUCUUUCUUGGUUGGGAUCCACCAGUGAUACAGGUAAUCAACCAGCUUCUAGUUUAUGAUCAACUAAACUUGGUUGUUGAUGAAAAUCUGAACCAGUUUCCCUUCCUCUUUUUUUUAAAUUACUAAAGUUAUAUGUUGUACAGUCUUCCUUAAACCUGGAAGAAGAAAUGUACAUGCAUCGUUAAAAGUUUAGCACGACUGACUGGAUAUUCUGACCAAAACUGUAA